UCCUUGUGAGACGACAGGGUGUAGUGGGGACACAAAAGGUUUUCUUAAACUUUCAAUCCUCGUCCACCGAAAGAACCAACCAUGCGCAUGAAUGUGGUGAUCGUGGCCGCUGCUGUGCUGAUGUUGACCAUCCAGACUUCAGGGCAGCCGACCUGGGGCUGUUCCGGUCCGAGGACCGAGGAGAAGUGUGUGUGCAGCCCUGUCAUUCAUGUUCACAACUACGGGGAUAAGCAGGAGGACAGCUCAGAUACGGGAACCAGCCAGGACGUUCGGCUGGCAGAGUUGGAGGAACAGGUCAGGAAUCUGACAGAAGAAGUCGCGCUCCUUAAACAAGGCCGUGAGAAUCUAGUCUGUCCCAACGGUUCUGUCAAGUUCCAGGACAGAUGCUUCAGCUUCUCUACCGACACGAAGAACUACGCCGGUGCCAGGUCUGCUUGUCAGGCUGCCGGCGGGCACCUGGCUAUGCCUAAGGACCAGGCAACCAACGACAUCCUGCGCAACCAACUGACCAGGUACCCUAGUGGCUCGGACGCCUGGUUCGGCCUGACAGACCUGGCGCAGGAGGGAACCUUUGUGUGGGAGGACGGGACGCCGCUCACCGGCUGGAGCAACUGGUAUCCAGGGGAACCUAACGGUGGCUCUGCUGAGAGCUGUGCCCAUUGGCACGGUUCGUAUGGCUACAAGUGGAACGAUCGGAGAUGCUCUCAUAGUCAGUAUUAUGUAUGUGAAGUUAGUGCGGCCGUUCCCUAGCCUCAAAAAAACGCCAAGUCACUGGUCAUAACCUACAGCAAGUAAGGAGAUUGAAGUUUGUCAGCUGGGUGUGAUUUAGUCCUACCUAUACAAAACUAUUUUCUCUGUGUGAUGAUAUAAGGACUUUCGUAGUGAAUUUAUUCUACCUGUUCACCAAGCUAUCAAAGUGUACCUGUAAUAAAGUUAUAUAGUCAAAGAAUAAUAUUGACAGGUGGGUCCAAAGGAAUGUAAAACGUGAUAUUUACCCUUUUGAUGGAUAUGUAAGCUAGCAUGUGAAUAGAAAUAAAGCCGUGUUGACCAGUAAUUGUCUCUUUCUUCUUGUACAGCUUUACAGUUCCACUUACACAAUGGGUACAUUUUAAAAAUCCAAAGCAUCUUUCCCAUCCAAAGUUUAUCUAGUUAUUGUUGGAUACAAUGAUACAACUUGGUACAAUCUUUGUCUGCGAGGCAGAGCACUUAAGUACAAAGUGCUUAAUACCGGACUGGAAGACUUGAUCUACUCACACCGGUUGGAGCCAUACUAUUUUCUGUGUGUGUUGUUGGAUCUUUCAAGAAACAAUAGUCACCUCUAAGCCGAGCGCCUGUAUAGUACAUGUAGCAGAAAUUGGCUCAUUUGCAACUUCUUAAAUAAACAGUUAAACAAGAAGAAUAGUGUUGCCUUUCUUUCAUGGGUCAAGACCUACCAACAACGAAAAUACGUAGGUUAAUCUUUCAAAGUAUCUGAGGCAUAGGGACAUUUAAUGACAGCAGGGCCGAGCUUCGGAAGGCGUUAAGCU